UUUGAAUUCAGACACCAGCAAGUUUGAAAACCUGCGGGUCAGAGGGGGCGCAGGCGCGGGCUCCCUACCCUCUGUCCCCUACCCCCUCGGAAGCGCGGCGCUGCUUCUAGGGGUUGGGACGAGCUGGCGCGGGGACCCGGGGCACCAGCAAGACCCGCCCGCUUCGGGGACCUGGCGCCAGCGUCGUCCCUUGCGGGGUAACACCGCCCACUUCCGCCCUCACCGGGCGCGAGCGGCGCAGUCGCCGUCACCGCGCGCAGGCCUUUUGUCCUCCCGUCGUCCCCGUAGUGGCCGUAACCCGAGUGACACGUUUCUUUGGGGGCGUGGAGGGGCGGGGUCGGGGUGGGCCGUCAGCACUUAAAGGGCCAGCCACUCGGGCGCGGGAGGCGGUGCCUCUGGAGCCAGCGCGGGGCGCGGGAACCCGAGCAGGUUCGGGAGGCGGAAUGAAGGGCCGGGUGGGCUCGUCGAGGGCCGGGGAGUCCGUGGGUAGCCAGGGAAUUUCCGAGGGACCGGGCCGCGUUGAGGACAGCGUCCCUCCGUCCCAGUUCCCCGCUUCCUGGGUUGGGGCCGCUGGGGUUCAUUCAUUCCCGGCUUGGGGACUCCUAGCUCGGUCCCGCUCCGCGCCACGGCCCAACGCCCAGCCUGAGACCCAGCCGUCCUCGAGUGCUCAGGGCCCAGCGCCCCUUCCCUUCCAGCAGACAGACUGGGAAAACCGAGGGGGCGAGGGCUGAGCAAGGUCACUUCGCAGGUCGGGGACGCAGCCGGCCUUGGACCAGCUUUCCUGCCUCCCAGGACCUCUCUGCGACCACCUUAGGGGUCCGCGCCAGGCGCGAGGCGAGGGUGGGGGCGGCUUCGGCGUGGCGGGCAGAGUCCAGUAGGGAGCGGUGGGGGAAGGGCAAGCCGUCUUGGGAGGGGGCCGGGCUGCGAGCCUGGAGAUCCGGAUUCCAGCCCGCUGUCGCCAGCUGUGGGACUGAAGGCAAACUACUAUCUGUAAAGUGCCAGCGAUAACACCUGCCUCACCGAGAUGCUGGGGGAAUUCAGGAAAAUCACGCAGAAGUGCCUGGGACGGAGCCUGGCACGCAGAGCACUCUUGGUCCAGUGGGUUGGAGCUGCGUGAGCUCAGAAGGGAACAGAGGCAGCCUGGAGGAAGGCGGCAGCGGGCUCGGACGCUGGGAAUGAAAGGCCUCAGUGUCUGUGGCUUCCUCCUGGUCCCGCCCUUUCUGCCCGCAGAGUUUGUUCAGGGUGGAGGUGUACACCUGGCCAAGUCCACGUCUACACGGCCUACCCAGGGCGGCCUAGAGUUGGGCGGGAUCCUUAAUUCCGAGCCAGAAGUGGCAGGGCUGGCCCUGGCAUGGGCAGAGGCUGAGCCUGCCUGGCAAAGGACCUCACCCUUGAGGCUAUGUGAUCUAUUUCCUGCUUCCUCCCAGCUGACCCUUGAGGAAAAGGGGGUGGGCGCCGCCUGGAGCAGGAGGUAUUAGUCACUGAGGCCAGGAACCAGUUUAUACCUAGCCAUGGCAGAGGCAUUGGGCAGGCCUGGGUCUGAGCUGACAGAACCCCUUCCUGGGACCCUGGAGUCCGAAUCCUACUGCCAUUUUCCUUCUGCCCAGGACUCUGCAGUCCUCAGUCACUUUGGAGAAGGAAGUGUGGAUCCUCAGAUUCCAUCUUUCCAACCCCAAGACAAAUGGAACUAGAAAACAAGGUGCCAUGGCAGAGAAGGUGCUGGUAACAGGUGGGGCUGGCUACAUCGGCAGCCACACGGUGCUGGAGCUGCUGGAGGCUGGCUACUCGCCUGUGGUCAUUGACAACUUCCAUAACGCCUUUCGUGGAGGGGGCUCCAUGCCUGAGAGCCUGCGGCGGGUCCAGGAGCUGACAGGCCGUGCUGUGGAGUUUGAGGAGAUGGACAUUUUGGACCAAGCAGCCCUACAGCGUCUCUUCAAAAAGCACAGCUUUGUGGCGGUCAUCCACUUUGCGGGGCUCAAGGCCGUGGGCGAGUCGGUGCAGAAGCCUCUGGAUUAUUACAGAGUUAACCUGACUGGGACCAUCCAGCUUCUGGAGAUCAUGAGGGCCCAUGGGGUGAAGAACCUCGUGUUCAGCAGCUCAGCCACUGUGUAUGGAAACCCCCAGUACCUGCCCCUGGAUGAGGCCCACCCCACGGGUGGCUGUACCAACCCUUACGGCAAGUCCAAGUUCUUCAUCGAGGAAAUGAUCCGGGACCUGUGCCAGGCAGACAAGACCUGGAACGCAGUGCUGCUGCGCUAUUUCAACCCCACAGGUGCCCAUGCCUCUGGCUGCAUCGGCGAGGAUCCCCAGGGCAUCCCCAACAACCUCAUGCCUUAUGUCUCCCAGGUGGCGAUCGGGCGACGGGAGGCCCUGAAUGUCUUUGGCAAUGACUAUGACACAGAGGAUGGCACGGGCGUCCGGGAUUACAUCCAUGUCGUGGAUCUGGCCAAGGGCCACAUUGCAGCCUUGAGGAAGCUGAAGGAGCAGUGUGGCUGCCGGAUCUACAAUCUGGGCACGGGCACAGGCUAUUCAGUGCUGCAGAUGGUCCAAGCUAUGGAGAAGGCCUCUGGGAAGAAGAUCCCAUACAAGGUGGUGGCACGACGGGAAGGUGAUGUGGCAGCCUGUUAUGCCAACCCCAGCCUGGCACACGAGGAGCUGGGGUGGACAGCAGCUUUAGGGCUGGACAGGAUGUGUGAAGAUCUCUGGCGCUGGCAGAAGCAGAAUCCUUCAGGCUUUGGUGCGCAGGCCUGAGGACCCUCCCCUACCAAGGACCAGGAAAAGAGAAGCAGCUGCCUUCUCUCCAGCCUUUGGCAGGAACCCAGGGCCCUGGAGCUGCUGGGGCCACGCCAAGGCCUCCCCUACCUCAAACCCCAGCUGGGCCCGCUCAGCCCACCAGGCAUGAGGCCAAGGGCUCCACCGACCAAGAGGCUGAGGUCUCCAACUCUUAUCUUCUACAGGGUCCAGGAGUUCAUCAGGACCACCAAGAGCAAGUGACGGGGCAAGGCUCUGGAACAAAACCUCCCAGGCACUCAUUUAUACUGCUCUAAAAGAGCUUUCCAAAGUAUUUAAAAAUAAAAGUUUCCUUACACUGA